GUGUAAGUCUCCUCCGUUUCUCCUCCGGAAACCAUUCGUUGGCGGCGUCAGUUCGGUGGCUCCGUCAAUUCCGUGGCACUCUUUGUGUAUUUGCGUACUCUGGGACUUUUGGGACAAUUUCGGUCGACAAUUGUCCAUCAAUCCAGCCAAAAGAAGCAAAAUAAAAAACGCAAGAAAUCCACAAAGAAAAUUCGCGUCUCGUCUGGGAGCAAAAUAUAAAUAUAAAUUUCUUGUGCUUCAACAACGUCUGACAGCGGUGGCGGCGGCAUUUUCCCAGUAUGAUGUUAUUUCUGUGCAUUCGGCGAUUUUAGUAUUUGGCUGCUAAAAUGUUUGAGAUGGCCCGAAAUGGUUACAGUCGUCGGCUGGUGGCUGUUGCCUAGAAAUACGAAAAACCCAAAAACAGAACCGGAAAAACAAACCCCUGCCGAAACCGAGACCUCAGCCUCGAAAAUAAUGUCCUGCUGCCGCCGCAUGCACUGAAGUUGACAUCACACACACACACACACACACACAGAUACACACCCACACACACGCAGGCAGUAAAAGCUUUUUGAGAAGAGCGGAGCGGAAGGAGUACAAUGGUCAUCCAGUGCACAUGUGAUUGCAACUGCAGUGAUAGUAGAGAUAACCGGAGCCUCAUCUCCUCCUGCCUGCCGGCAGCCACAGUGCAGCAACGAGGAGGCCAUCGGCCAUUCGGUUCCCCAGCAGCCUCUGGUGGCGAUGAUAUGGAGCAUAGGAUACCAUACUAUCGCCGCUUAUCGAAUACAUCAUCCGCCCUGUACGGCAGCUGUCCCCAAUUGAUGCCCACAGCAGCCGCCGCCGGUGCCACUAGUACCCUGCCGCAUCCCUGUCCCCAUCAUCCGUCGAGGCAAUUGGAGGAUAGACAGUACUCGAGUCUGGUGAGGCCCAAGCAUAGGAGUCCCGUGCUGUGCAACAAAUCCUGGUGGGUUUCAUGUCCCCGGCUCUCGAACCUAUCCACUGAACAGCUCCAGGAGCUCCGGGAACAGCAAACAAAAAUGCAGUCACACUGCCAUGCUGGUGGCGCCGCCACAGCCCCGUCAACAGCAGCCGCCCUGCCGCGUUUCCCCCUGCAAACGGCCAAGAGGCAUUGUGACAAUUUUGGCAGCUAUGCCACAUUGCCCACCAAUGACCAGCACCAGGGGCUGGGGCAGGCCCAAGGCCAUGGACAGCAUCCUGUCGCCUGCAGUCGACACGGUGGCGGUGGCAUAUUGCCAUUGCCUGCCCCACCGCCUCCCAGAUGGUAUGGUGGUGCAAAUACCAAUUUGAAUGGCUGCUGUUACAUGUACAACCCAGCAGUGGCGCCACCGCCCAGCACCACCCCUCAUCACCAGCAUCACCAGCAUCAGCAGCAGUAUGCCCCACAAUAUUGCCUCUGCGAUAAUUGGUAUCAGCAGCAACAGCAGCAGCAGCAUCAGCAUCAGCAGCAGGUGCAUCAUCAGCAGGUGCAACAAAGAAGCAAACCGAAUGGCGGCUGUUACUUUGGCUAUGAGGGCCACCACCCAACCAUCCCCAUGCCCAUGCCCAUGCCCAUGCCCAUCCAUGCACCGACGACACAUUUGCCAGCACCGCACAUCACCGACGAGGAGGACUCGGCCUUUCCGGCCCUGGCCGAUCGGGAGUUUCAUAUGCUCCAUCGGAAUAUACCGGCAUUGCGGCGCACGGGUGUCGACACCACACGCAUCCGACAGUACUUCUAUCCCGAUGGAGGCUGGGGCUGGAUCAUCUGUGGCGUGUCCUUUCUCGUUCACAUCCUAACCACCGGGCUGCAGCUGAGCUAUGGCCUGCUGUUGUUCUACGCCGUACAGUAUUUGCAUAAUACCAGUGGCAUAGAGCUCCUGGGCGCCCUGAGCUGGUCAAUUUCCAUGCUGGCCACACCGUUUGUGGUGUCGCUGUGUCGAAAGCGCUCCAUUCGUCUGCUCUCCAUUGUGGGUGGCCUGGUGAUGCCCCUGGGCAUAUUGUUCACCUCAUUUGCCACGGAAUUUGGACAGGUUGUUUUCAGUUAUGGCAUCGUCUUUGGCAUCGGUGUCGCCAUGGUGCGUGAGGCAUCCACCGUGAUGCUCGGCAAUUACUUUAAGCGUCGCCGUCAAUUCGUCGAAAUGGUGGCCAUGUCCGGUGAGGGGGUGGGCAUCGCAUUGUUCUCCGUCAUCCUCAAGGAGGGCGUGGGCAAGGCCGGCUGGCGCCUGGGCCUGCAGAUUGUGGCCGCCCUAACGGCACUCAGCUUUUUCAUGGGCCUCAUGUAUCGACCCGCCUCCCUCUACCAUCCCCAGCGACGGGCCAUCCAGCAUUUGAAGAAUCAGCGCAAGAAGAUGAGGGAAAAGAAGCCGAUUCUCAGCCAGGAAGUGGAGUCGCCCACGAGAUAUCUUUUUUUGGACAUAUCAUCACUGAAAUCGGUGACAGUUAAAAUUCUGUUAAUGACCUCCAGCGUGGCGUCCUUUGGCAUUUACACGCCCAUGUUCCUGAUGGCUCUCAACGCUGCCAAGGAGGGCUCUGAUGUCCAGGAGCUGGUGCUAUUGCAGACAUUUCUGGGCAUUUCCAUGGCCUUGGGUGUGGUUAUAGCUGGAGCCCUGCUGCGUCGCGUUUUUGUGAUCAGACACUUUGUGGUUAAUACGAAAAUCGUCACACAGCUCUUCAUAUCAAUUGUGGCCCUGGCCAUACUCUUUCUGUCCUUCGUAAUGGGCUACAAGGGCCUGUGCAUCCUCAGCUGGCUAUAUGGCAUAGGUCUGGGUGGCUUUCAGUACUCCUUGAAGAUUUUGGCACUCGAACGCAUCAAACUGAAACAUUUCUCCAAGGCCUGGGGUUUCAUUCGAGGCGUGGAAUCGGUUCCAGUUCUGAUCAGUGUGCCACUGACUUCCUUCCUCAACGAUUACUCCCUGAAAUACGGUCGUGCCGGUUACUAUAUUUGCUCCGCAGCUGCAGCCAUCUCUGGCAUCAUAAUUUUCUUUAUCAGCGAACCGCAGCACCAGCAGAACCACCAUCACCACCAGCAGCAGCAGCAGCAUCACCAGCACCAGCAUCAGCAUCGCGGCGGACAGGCACAUUUGAAUGGCCACCUGCCCACUCCCAUGCUGAUGCGGCACUCCUCGGCGAGGCUGCAUCGGCCCCCACACAUGCACAUGGACUAUGGCUAUGGGGAGUAUCCGGCCCCAGAUCUCCUCAGUCGCAGCUGCAUUAGUCUCAAUCAAAUGGAUCCGUAUCUGCAGACCAGCGCCAACUAUUGCCAGCGCCACAUGCAGCAGCAACAGCAGCAGCAGCAGCUCCAUCACUCCCAUUCCCAUUUACAUGGCCCUGGUCCGCCUCAGCAGCAGCAGCAGCAUCCACAGCAGUUGGGCUGCCACAAUCUGGACAUGCAGCAGGUGCGCGGCGGCGUCUAUCAGGCGGGUCAGGGCAGCAUCGGGGCUCGCAUGGGCAAGCGUCUGCAGCGCAGCCUGUCCUUCAUUCAGCAGCACAACUGCUGCGACGGUCUCUACUGCAGCUACGAGCUGGGCUGCCACAAGAGCAACAAAUCCCAGGACAGGCAGGCAUUGAUAUGCACCUGCAGUCCCAGCACCACCACCACCACAGCCACCACCUACGGAGGACACAUGGCAGGUGGAGCGAACUCCACUCGCAGCCGCAGCGUUCCCGAGGGCUUAUCCACCAUGUCGCAGCAGUGUAACUGCCGGCAUGGACAGGCCAGUGGAUCAGGCACAGGUCCAGGUCCAGGUCCCACCCGUGAGUUCAUCUACGUGCCGCAUGCCUAUGCCUCGCUUCAGAGAACGCCACAUCGUCAUAGCCAGGGAGCGGGUGGACCAGGAACAGCAACGGGAGCAGGAGCAGGUGCAGGAGGAUGCCAGACGAUGCGAAGCAAUCCACAGUGCCGUCUGAAGCGUUCCCAGUCCCUUUGUCGACCCGGAGCCGUGCAGUUUGUGGAGCAAAUCACCACCUCGGUGUAGGAUCUAGAAUGUAGAAUGUAGGAUGCACCCCAAUUGGGUCCUAUAAAACUUAUUUUUUGGUAUUAUAGUAGUCCACCACCCACGACACCCCCACACCCCCAACCCACAUACAUGUUACGUGAAUCGAAUUCAGAAUUUGUCAGAUCUCUUCUAGUCUUUUGUCGUAGCUCCAUUAGAAAUGUAAACUAAUACUCCAGCGGGGAACUCAAACGGAAUGUGGAAAUCGUUGAAAACCCACUCCCACCCCCACAACCCACACACUCACACCUUAAAAAACAAGGAGAAGCAACUCAAUGAAUUUUCCCUUAUAUAAAUCGCAUUUUAAAAAAAUUCACACCACACACACAGAAUUCAUUACACUAGGAUAAAAUUUUUACUCAUUAGCAUAUGAAUAUAUUAUAGGGAUAGCAGACAGACGGAAAAGCUUUAUCGGGUGUCUCAAGCUGAAAAUAAUAAAUGGAAAACGAAAAACGAAUAACAAAACAAAACAGAAAACAAGCAUUGAAAUUAUGGCAAGAACAUAAAUAUUUAUGAGGCACUUCUUCACAUGGGGAAUCGAAACGAAUCGAACGCAAAAAAAAAGAAACUUCUCAAAUGGUCCAUUUUAUAAACGUGCAUACAAUUUAACCACCGAAUACCGAUUACCAAUCUAUAUAUACUACAGCAACAAAAUACAUACACACAUUACAUACUCGUAUAUGAAUAUGUGAGGUCGAAACCAUUAAAGAUGUCUGCCCUGAGGCGGCACCCGGAGCGACCCAGAGAUCCAGAGACCAGAUCCAGUGCCAAGUGCCGAGUGCCGAGUGCUGAUUGCCGGAGUAAAAGUACUUUAUUUUUCAAUAACAUAUACAGGUAUACAAAAUGCAUAAUUAAGAUGCGUGAAACAUCGGACACAGAGAGACACACAGAGAGACACACAGAGAGAAAGAGACCGUAACGCAAUGAAAAUGAAAAUUACUUUUGCCACGCUGAUUGAGUGAGUGAAAUGAGCCUUAUUUUCCGAACCGAACCGAAUCGAACCGAUGCAAAAACAGAAACCGAAACGAGGCAUAUGAAAUAAUAAUGAUUACCAUUAUGAUAACCAUAAUUAAUUGAUGCUGCAAAUUAUCACAGGAGCCGUGCGGUAAUCCACCAUAAAUUACAUUCAAGAACAAUGGCCGCCAAUAUUGGAUAUGAAUUUUACUAUGUAGUUGUAGUUAAAAAAACAAACAGCAGUGAAAUUAGUAUAAGCGAGACAAUUGGUAAACCAUUAGAAAUUCAUUAUAAAAGUGCAGCUAAACUAAAUAGAAAUGCAAACUCUGAACAAAGGCAGAGCUAGGUGUACAUAUAAUUAGUUGCAAAACAAAAAUAUUCUACAAAAAUACAAAGGUUUCGUGCGCCAGUAAAACGAGAGCAUGAAGCAUUUAAAUGAAAAGACCAAAGGGCAAAUGGU